UGAAACAUUCUUUGUAGUGAAAGCUGACAACUUAAUUAUUGAUGAAAGAAAAGGACAAAGUGGUUAACAAUCUUCUAGGACGUGUGUGAUCGUCGUUUAAUAAAAAAAACUUUUCAAAUCCUUUUCUUGGAUUGUAGAUUAAUUGUCUUUAGUUUGAUAGUGUCUAUUUGUUAAAUGAUGAAGUUAUCUGCCCAGCUAUUCUUACAAUUAUAAUGGUUGUGCACAACUAGUAUUAUUAUUCAAAAAACAAGUGGGAAUAUGAUUAGGACAAAGAACAAGCCAACAUUAUGUCUCAGGCACAAAAAUACAUAUAUACAUGAUUCCAUGUGUGAAGAUCAUUAUUGUUGUGAAUGAAUAUUAGCUCAACAUCAUCACAAAAAAUGACCAGAAAAAAUCUUUUGUGUUCUCUUCUUUUCCAUUUCGUAUUAGUCGAAUGGACGUUUGCGGUUUCUAAUGAAACUAUUGCAAAAGGCCCCAAUAUAACUAAGCCUGGCUGCCAAAGCAAGUGUGGGAACUUAACGGUUCCUUAUCCAUUUGGCAUUGGCGUAGGCGCAGGCUGUUCUAUACAACCUUCUUUUGAUAUCAACUGCAAUACUUCUUUCAAUCCUCCAAAGCCCUAUAUUAUUUCAGAAGAAAAUAAUCUUGAAGUUAUUGGUAUCACAGAUUCCCAGAUGAGGAUCAAGAAUUCGGUGGCUGCCACCUGUUACAACCGCCAAGGUAACUCGACCGUUGAAACCGACAUCUCCAUUUUGCUGCCUCCAUACUUUAGCUUAUCAGAUGCAAACAAGUUCACAACCGUGGGAUGUGAUGAUUUUGCCAUGAUAGUAGGACAUGGGCUUAGUUUCUUAAGUACGUGCGAUGCCUCUUGUUCAGCAAAAGAGGAUCUUGUUGAUGGUUCUUGUAGUGGCAAAGGUUGUUGCCAGACCGCAAUACCAAAGGGCCUAGGAAAUUUUUAUGCAUCUGUAACGAGCUAUGAUAAUCACACUAAAGUGUGGUCCUUUGAUCCUUGUGGUUAUGGUUUUCUUGCAGAGCGAAAUACAUUCACAUUUCAUCCAUCUGACCUCAACGACAAGACCUUUGAAAACAGAACAGCCCAAAAUGUCCCGAUAGUCCUUGAUUGGGUUAUUGGGAAUGAAACUUGUGCGUAUGCUCAAAAUUUUAGUGAUUAUGCAUGUCAAAAGAACACUUAUUGCAUUGAUUCCGACACAGGUCUUGGUGGGUAUCGUUGCAGCUGCUUGGGUGGAUAUGUGGGUAAUCCCUAUCUCGACCCAGGUUGCACAGGUUGGCUAUUCCAUUACACCAUAGUUAAAUUAUUUGUCAAGUUAGAAAUUUAUGGGGUUUAAAGUUUUGACUACAAGCUGAUCACUAUAUCUCUAUUCUUGAAUUUCAGACACAAAUGAAUGCGGCAAUAGUCCUUGUCAUCCAAAAGGCAUGUGCAUUAACAGUCCCGGUGGUUACAAAUGUUCUUGUCCUGAUGGCUUCAAUGGAGAUGGCACAAAAGAUGGCCGUGGCUGCUCUGAACAAAAUAAGCCAAAAUUAGAGCUCAAGUUCUCCCUAGGUACAUGUGAUUUUUGAAUGAUAAGUUCAGUGCAUAUCUCCUUUCAUUUUAUUUAAUGUUGCAUGAGGACAAAAAUCAAGUAUUGACCAAAUCAAAGAUUACAGCUUCCACGAGUUAUGCGCACAACACAAACUGCAUAUUU